UUGAAUUCUGUCUGCCAAUUAGCUACAGAUGGAGUCCAUCGCCCUUUUCCUUUUCAUUUCUUGUGCAUUAUUUUCCUUUAGCAGUGGGGAGAUUCACCAACAUCAAUUUGUGAUCCAAGCAACACCAGUGAAGAGGUUGUGCAACACUCACAACAGCAUCACUGUUAAUGGCAUGUUUCCUGGACCUACCCUUGAGGUCAGGAAUGGUGAUUCCCUUCAAGUUAAAGUUGUCAACAAAGCUCGAUACAAUAUCACCGUUCACUGGCAUGGUGUUCGACAAAUGAGAAGCGGAUGGGCGGAUGGACCAGAAUUUGUGACUCAGUGCCCGAUUAGACCAGGAGGAAGCUACACCUACAGGUUCACAAUUCAAGGACAAGAAGGAACAUUGUGGUGGCACGCUCACAGCUCAUGGCUUCGAGCCACUGUUUAUGGAGCUCUUAUCGUCCGUCCCAGACUGGGCGAGUCCUACCCUUUCCCUAAACCAAACCGCGAAACUCCAAUUUUACUCGGUGAAUGGUGGGAUGCAAACCCCGUUGAUGUUAUGAUGGAAGCGACGAGGACAGGAGGUGCUCCAAAUAUAUCCGAUGCUUACACUAUCAAUGCUCAACCUGGUGAUUUAUACAAAUGUUCCUCCAAAGACACCACAAUCGUUCCCAUAGACUCCGGCGAGACCAACCUCCUUAGAGUCAUCAAUGCUGCCCUGAAUCAGCCGCUUUUCUUCGCAGUGGCCAACCAUAAGCUCACCGUUGUUGGUGCUGACGCCUCCUAUACCAAACCCUUCACCACUUCGGUACUCAUGCUAGGUCCCGGACAAACCACCGAUGUUCUCAUCAAAGCCGAUCAGCUACCAGCUAGAUACUAUAUGGCGGCCCGAGCCUACCAAAGUGCCCAAAACGUACCCUUCGACAACACUACCACCACUGCCAUUCUUGAAUACAAGUCUAGCAAAAAGGGCAAUGCACUCAAACCAAUUAUGCCUUCUCUGCCGGCCUACAAUGAUACCAACACUGUUACAGCCUUCACCCGAAGCUUUAGAAGUCCCCGAAAGGUCAAUGUACCGACCGAUAUCGACGAGAGCCUUUUCUUCACCGUCGGUCUGGGACUCAAUAGCUGCCCUCCAAAUUUUCACAAAAGUCGUUGUCAAGGACCCAACGGUACACGUUUUACUGCUAGCAUGAACAACGUCUCAUUCGUGCUCCCAAAGAACUUUUCUCUUUUACAAGCUCACAAACAGGGGAUUCCAGGAGUAUUCACCACGGAUUUCCCGGCAAGCCCGCCAGUGAAAUUCGAUUAUACCGGCAACGUCAGCCAGUCUCUCUACCAAACUAUCACAGGAACUAAAUUGUACAAAUUAAAGUUCGGUUCAAGGGUACAAGUUGUGGUUCAAGGCACGAGCAUUGUAGCACCCGAGAACCAUCCGAUUCAUCUUCACGGAUACGAUUUCUACAUCAUUGCAGAAGGUUUCGGAAACUUCAACCCCAAGAAAGAUACAUCCAAGUUCAAUCUUGUCGAUCCACCUCUAAGGAAUACGGUUUCGGUUCCGGUGAAAGGAUGGGCAGUCAUUAGAUUUGUGGCAGAUAACCCAGGAGUGUGGAUAAUGCACUGUCACUUGGACGUCCACAUCAAUUGGGGUUUGGCUAUGGCUUUCGUGGUUGAGAAUGGAGUAGGAGAAUUACAGAGCCUGCCACCACCACCGCCGGAUUUCCCUGUUUGUUAGGAUUCAUCACAUUGAAAUUCAUAAGCCCAAAGAGAAGAAGGGGAAUUGGACUUAGUUCAUACCCGUGAAUAUUGUUUCCUUUGGAUUAAAUAAAGCGGGUACCGUAUGAUUGUUUUCCUUUUCCCAAGCCUAAAGUGCAAAAUAAAUGUGUUUUCACAUUCUAUGAUCAAAUAUCAUGAUUUUGUAACUUGUCCGCUUAUCGACUUGAGGAGCAGGAUGCCCUCUAUCCAAUUUGCUUUCUCUC